AUGUCUUUAUCCGACUCGGAUUUACAAAAAUAUAUUGGACGAAAUGUAAAUGAAGCUGAAAAUGAAUUAAAAGAACAAGGCUAUAAAGUUAAUACGGUACGUGUUGGUAGCUGUGCUACUGGUUGUGUACUACCACAAACUGAAAAAGAGAAACGUGCAGUUCUUACAUAUGAUGGUGAUGAUUCUAAUCAUAAAGUUGUCUCAAUCAGACAAGAUUAA